AUGGUCAAUUCAAUACCUUCCCAAUCAACGCCCAGCCACUUGGUUCGGGAUGAGACUCGCGAAAGCCUUUGCAGGGCAGGGAUAACAGAGAACGCCCCUGCUCCUGACUACAGCUACCCAGAAACGAGACGAAAGGAGCACCCGGUAUUUCCGGAAGAAUAUACUGUCGAAACAAAAACUGGCCUCGUUCCCCAAAAGACAUUGGAACAGGUCCGAUCCGGUUCAUCAUCAUCAACACAGGCGCCGGAGGACAAUGGGAACACCGAUUUGGAAAAAGGACCUAAAGAUACACCUGAGUUCAUCACCUUCACAAUAAAUGAUCCUGAACAUCCUUACAACUGGUCUCGCGCUUAUCGAUGGUACAUCACCCUGGUCGCAUCGGCACUCGUGGUGUGUGUUGCAUAUGGCUCGUCUAUUGUCACGGGUGGCUUAGGCUUGAUCCAAGAGAAAUACAACGUCUCCCUUGAAAUCGCUAUUUUGACAUGCUCGAUCAUGGUGUGUGGCUUCGCAGUUGGUCCAUUGCUAUGGUCUCCAUUGUCAGAGAUCAUCGGACGAAGACCAGUGUACAUCAUCUCAAUCGGUCUUUACACGAUUUUCAAUAUUCCAUGUGCAUUGUCACCCAAUAUCGGUGGACUCCUAGUCUGUCGUUUCCUGUGUGGUGUCUUUUCCAGUUCCGGUCUUUCUCUCGCCGGUGGGACUAUCGCCGAUAUAUGGAAUAUUGAGGAACGGGGUAUGGCCAUUGCAUAUUUCGCAGCUGCUCCCUACUGUGGUCCUGUCAUCGGACCGAUCGUCACAGGAUGGAUCAACGUUGGUACCCAUCGACUUGACUUAUUCUUCUGGACAAACAUGGCCUUUGCUGGCGUGAUCUUGAUUCUAGUCGGAUCUAUCCCAGAAACAUACGCGCCCGUUAUUCUCAAAAAGCGUGCUGCUAGAAUGCGCAAAGAAACUGGCAACCCAAACAUUAUCACUGAACAAGAACAAAAGAAGCUUUCGCUUGGUGAUAUUGCCCGCACAAAUUUGAUUCGUCCUAUUACGAUGAUCAUGACGGAGCCUGUUUUGGAUUUGAUGUGCAUGUAUAUCAUCCUCAUCUACUCGAUGCUAUAUGCCUACUUCUUUGCAUACCCGGUUAUCUUCGGAAAGCUCUAUGGUUAUAACGACGGACAGAUUGGUCUGAUGUUCAUCCCCAUUCUGAUCGGUGCUGGCAUCUCUCUACUGGUCACCCCUGCCAUCGAGAAGCAAUUCAAGAGAGUCUGCGAAUCUCGAGCUCCUACCCCCGAAGACAGGCUCAUUGGGUCACUUAUCGGAGCGCCCUUCAUCCCGAUCGCAUUCUUCUUGCUGGGAGCCACCUCCUACCAACAUAUAAUCUGGGUUGGCCCGGCUUCAUCCGGCAUUGCCUUCGGAUUUGGCAUGGUUCUGUGCUACUAUGCCGUGAACAACUACCUCAUCGAUGCGUAUCAGAAAUAUCCGGCCUCGGCUUUAGCAGCCAAGGUGUUCCUCAGAUCUGGCGGCGGUGCUGCUUUCCCUUUGUUCAUCACGCAAAUGUAUGACCGCCUCGGACUGCAAUGGGCGUCGUGGCUACUGGCGUUUAUUGGCCUGGCAAUGGUUUUCAUUCCUUUUAUGUUCUACUUCUUUGGCAUUAAGCUUCGCGCAAAACUUGGACGCGAUUAA